GAUAUUAAUUUAUUAUCAAAUAAUGUAUUAUCAGAAAUAAUGAGUAAAAUAAAAAGCAAUAUACAAUUUGAAAGUCUUAAUGAAGUCUUACAACAAAUUGACUGUAUUAUCAUACAUAAUUUAAAAAAUUGCAUACAUAUUGCUUUAAAUAGUAAUUUAUGUACUGAAACAAUUGUAGAUUCUUAUAUAAUAUUAGCACAAUAUUGUUUAGAGGAAUUAAAUUUUAAAGAAAACAUUAAAAACAAUCAGAAAUGUAUGGUAUUUAUAGAAUCUGUUUUAAAAGCAAUGAAAUAUGGUUCUAAAAAAGCUUCAGAAUUAUUUCCUAUUAUAUUACAGUUUGAAGAUCUCUCUAACUAUCCGUUGAAAGAAACAUUCAUUUCAGAAAAUCAAAAUGUUCCUGAGUAUAUGUUCCUACAGUGGAUAAAUCAGAUUUUAGGUUGCUUGGACUCUCCUUUAAUUGAUGUCAUUAGUCCACUUUUAAUUCGUUUGUGUCAAGUAUAUCCUAAGGCUAUUCAGUUUCCUUUGAAAAUUUUUAUGGAAAGAAAUGUGUACAAAAAUGAAGAGUGUGAAACAUUCUUAAAAACUAAACUUGUUCCAUUAAUAUCUGAUAUUUAUAUAGACAUGUUUAUAAAAGCUAUAAGUAAUGUUUGUUGUCCAUUUACUCAGCUCCUUGAAUACAUAAAUGAUGUUCAAGAGAGUAUAAAAACAAAUAAUUUGAGUUUGAUUAUAUUAGUGUUUGAAAUUAUGCUUAAGAAUUGCUUUAUAACUAAAGAAAAUCAACAAUUUAAAGGAAAAGAAUUUAAAACAUUAGAUAUAUUUAAAAAUGAACUCGAAUCAAUUUUUGACAAAUUAAAAUCAUCUUAUUCCAAUCUAAAUGAUGUUUGUAUGGCAUUAAUAACAAUUAAAAAACAAAUAGAUACUCAUAAAAAUGAAUACUAUAAUAGAAAGUUGUCUACUAAUUUAAUAAAUUAUUGUCCAUGGCUAGCUCUGUAUUCUAAUCAUAAUAUAGACACAAUUGAAAUUCCAGGACAGUAUUGUGGAACAAGAAAACCCAAUAUUGAUAAUCAUAUUACUAUCACAUCAUUUAAACCAAAUGUACAAGUAAUUUUUUCAAUGAGAAAUCCUAUUAAAAUUACAAUGAUUGGAAAUAAUGGAAAAAAAUAUAGUUUCUUGAUUAAAUUUGGUGAAGAUCUAAGGCAAGAUCAACGAAUUCAACAAUUACAUAAAGUAAUAAAUGAUACAUUGUUAAACAAUUCAUAUUGUUGUGAGAGACAACUGUCACUUUCUAAUUAUAUAGUGUUUCCAAUAACAACAAAAUUGGGUAUGAUUGAAUGGAUUAAUAACACAGUCACAUUAAAAGAUUUUAUUUGUGAAUCAUUUCCUGGUGGUAAAGAUUCUGGAAUAGAACAAUUACAUUCAAAAGUUGUUGAACAUUACCGUUGGUUGUCUGAAAAGUCUGAUUCAUUAAAUAAAUUGACUGUCUAUACACAAGCAACUAUAAAUUAUAAUAGCAUGGUUACUGUAGCAAAAUUCAAACAGCUUGUCCAAUCAAUCCCUGCUGAUAUAUUAAGGAAAUCUUUGUUAAAUUUAUGCCAUUAUGCUGAGAUGUAUAUUUGCUUGAGAUCGAAAUUUAUAACCAGUUUCUCAGUACUUUCAAUUUGUCAUUGGUUAUUGGGAAUUGGUGAUAGACAUCUAGACAAUACAAUUGUAUCAACAAAAACAGGAUUUUGUACGGGAAUUGAUUUUAAUUUUGCUUUUCAUACAGCAACUAGUAUACAAGUUAUACCUGAAUUGAUACCGUUCAGAAUGUCCCCUCAUAUUGUUUCUUUAAUGGCACCACUGAAUUUAACAGGUUUUAUUCGUGAAACAAUGGUGCAUACAUUGAAAACUUUAAUUGAUAACCAAGAAAUGAUACUGUCUGUGAUGCAAGUAUUUAUUAAUGAUCCUACUGCAGACUGGGCAAAAAUAGCCAAAACCGAAACUUUAAGAAUUAAUGGUGAAUUUGACUCAAAAGAAAUACAAUGGUUUCCUAAACAAAAAAUACUCUCUGGCAAAGAUAAAUUGAAUGGAAUUAAUCCUAUUGAAAUAUUAUGCCGUGAGCUUGAAAUUUCUUGUAUACCUAAUGAUUAUAAAAAAGCAUUGCUUAAUAUACUUAAAAGUGAUUCUCAAAACAAUAUAUUCAAAAGGUCAAAACUACAAAAAUGUAAUAUUACUCAUAAUCAACAGAUUGAUUGUCUAUUAGAUAUUGCGACCGACCAUCAAAUUUUAUGUCUAGCUUAUAGUGGUCUUCAACUUUGGGUUUAAUUUAAACCCUCUUUUUAUAUAUAAUAUUACACAUUUAUUGUUUUAUA